UAUCUUUUUUCAGUGCUGUUGUAACUUCGAACAGUGACUAAAUGAACUGUUGUAAAUCGAGGACUAUCUAUAAUUUAAUCCCUACCUACUAGAUUAUAACAUGUGUAUUAAAACUCUGAAAACAGGAUCCAGAAUAGAAGAUAUUCUAGUUUGGAGCACAAAAAUACAACCACUGGUGAUAUUUACAGAUCAAAAUUACAUUUCUAUGAGUUAAGCAUUUGUCCUUCAGAAAGCAAUAGGCACAGUUUAGCAAAAAAAAAUUUUCCCUGCCACAUUUGCGCUUUUAUAAUAAGGUGAAAAUAACAGUCUCUCACUGUGCAAUCUUGCUAUACUUUGAUUUGCAUGGAGAUUGGGAUGAUUAUGGUAGAUGAUCAGAAAGAUGGAGUGUGGGGUAAAUGUUCUGUUUGCUGGUUACUGAAUCAGACAAAAAAAACCAGGCUCGGAAUUUCAGGCCACAGAAGAAGAUUCAUUUAACAAAAGCUGCAUUGGGGGUAAAAAUCAUCUAUGUCAUACUAUGUCCAUGGGUUGGCAGUGGUACAAAUACUACAGUAAUGGAUUUAAUAUACACAAGGAAGGGUAUCUUUAGGCAAGCACGUUGAAUCACUUCUAAUUGUGAAGCAGCAAUGGUGUUGGGUGUCUCAGGUUAGAUUACUAGAUCCAUGUUUAAUUUCUGGCCAAAAAACCACAAUAUAUAAUUACAGGUUUUGGCAAAAAUCCUUACACAAUUCAGAGCAAAUUAUGGUCUGACUUAAUUUUCCUGUUGUUGUUAAUGAGGAGGUUAUAGCUUAAGAUAACUUUAGUAUGAACUACAGUGGAAUCUCUUUUACCUCAGAGAUAAUUCUGGAUGUUUAAUACAUAUUAAUAUAUGUAUUAAGUCUAUAUAGUGCUUAGUGACACACAUUAAUCACUACAGUAUAGUAUCCAUUGUGUUCAUAAUUCUGCCAAUUACUAUAGUGUAUGGUGUACAGUAUAGUGCAUAGCAUAGCAUAGCAUAGAAUAUUUUAUUGGCCAAGUGUGAUUGGACACACAAGGAAUUUUUCUCUGAUGCAUAAACUCUCAAUGUACAUACAAACAACAAAGUGAUUGGUCAUAAAUCAUAGCAUAUAGCACUUACCAUAUACUAUGUAAAAUAUACUAUAUACUAUAAGGCAAGAUGUAAUGUAGUGUAAUUAUAGGAAAGAUUAAUGAUGUUUGAAAGCGCACAUGUAUGUUUUAUCAUUUAUGUUUAUACACAUGUCACAAACUAACUCUAAAAUGCAAGAGAAAUAGGAGGAUACCCUUCCAUUAGCACAUCCUGUUUAUUAGCUAUUUUGAUAUUUCUCAUUUUGAAGAGUUAACAUGACAAAGUGUUGUUGGAUCAACAAUGAUAUGCCCAGUAUUUUGGGUGAAAAAACAGAAUUGUAGUAUAGGAGACUGCCUAGAAACCAUAGGAAAAGAAACAUGAUUACAUUAGCUCAAUGGUUAAUAGAUGCCAAGCUAUUUACUAUGGGUCACUUGAAUUUGCUGCUGAUGGAAAGGCAUCAAAAUCCAUAUAACUUACUUUGGAUUAUGUUGCCUCAAUAAGGAUAAUGCUAGCUUCAUAGUAGUAUACUUAAGGCCAUCAUCAGCCUGUCUCACACAUGGGUUGGAUUAUGUGAGUAGGACAAUAUGCUAGAGACCUUGCAGAAAAAAGUUGAUGGCAGGUAUAUUUGUAUUAUAAUUAGGUAAAAAUGAAUAAACAGAGUUAGAUCACAGAUCAAACAUACAGAUACUGGGAGUAUCACAAUCUCUUGUUACUUGAAAGUUAGAGAGGAAAAUCUUUGUUCAUGACCAGAUCACCCAAAAUUCACUUCCAAUUAUGGUGUUUUCUAUUAUGUUUCAUAUAUGUAAAUAUGGUCUGGAAACCAGUGUCUCAAUUAGUAAAUAAGUAAAUAAAUAGGGAAAUUAUAGCCAUUAAUACCUGCCCAUGGAAAAUGCUGGUUCUGUCCUCACUGACCUGUUGACAAUGAAGUCUUUGUCUACUAUUGCUGAUCAAGCUAGUAAAUACUGCCUCGGUUCUUUCUCUGUAUCAUCUAGUAAAGUCAUUGACUCAAAGGGAGAGGAAAAGGAGGGGCGGGGUGUGUGUUGAGAGUUAAAACACAACAAACAAGGUGCCACUAAAGAUAGGAAACUGCUGAGACUGUAUUGGUUAGAAAGCAGCAUAUGUACAUGGGUACACGUGUAAUUCAAAUUACUACCGAUCCAUCUAAAGAACAACUAGUGGAUUUAGUGGUAACAGCCAGAAAAAGAACAAGCUGCAAUGGGCACUCACCAUUUCCCUGGCCGAACAGUCUUAUUUGAAAAGGAAACAAGUGGAAUGACGUACCGAGUGCCAGCGUUACUCUAUAUCCCAUCUGUAGCCAAGCUCUUGGCUUUUGCAGAACAGCGGCUUAGUGUGGAUGACGCUGAUGCCAAUUUACUGGUGCUAAGAAGGGGUGUUUUCUACAUGAACUUUGUGCAGUGGGAAGAUAUGCAAACCAUUGAAACAGCAAAACUUAUGCACCAUCGAUCUAUGAACGCUUGUCCCAUCUAUGAUGAAGUCACUGGCAUGGUUUUCCUAUUUUUCAUUGCUGUGUUGGGCAGGACUUCUGAAGUCUUUCAAAUUGUCACAGGUCAAAAUGCUGCUCGCCUCUGCUAUGUGUCUAGUUCCGACCAGGGCAUCAGCUGGAGUCAUGUGACUGAUCUCACUGAGGAAGUCAUUGGCAUGUCCAUCCAAGAUUGGGCUACUUUUGCCCUUGGUCCUGGUCAUGGCAUUCAGCUCAAGUCAGGCCGUCUGCUCUUGCCUGCUUAUACUUAUUAUAUUGACUGCAAAACAUGCUUUGGGAAAUUCUGCAAAACAACCCCACAUGCAUUUGCCUUCUACAGUGAUGAUCAUGGGCAGAGCUGGUUCUUUGGUGAGUUUGUCCCCAAUCUGAAGACUGUUGAGUGCCAGAUGGUGUCAGUGGAUGAGGAGGAUGGAAGCCAUGUGCUCUUCUGCAAUGCUAGGAGUCCUCUGGGCUUCCGGGUUCAGGCACUCAGCACAGAUGACGGGGCAAUAUUCCAUUCAGGGCAGCUGGUACCACGACUUGUAGAGCCUCCUCAUGGUUGCCACGGAAGUAUCAUUGGAUUCCCAGCUCCACUUUACUGCAUGCAUCAUGGCAUCCAAGUGUCCCAGAGAAAAGCAUGUCCUGUUAAAGGGCCAGGCCUCUUAUUGCAGCCUAGAAUGUGUGAGAGGUCCCAUUUUUGUCCAGCACAGCUUAGUAGUUCUCUCUGCAACCACUAUUUAUGCCAGCAGCAGCUGGAAAGGUUUAUAUCAACUGAAACUUCUAGUGGCCACCUCAAUAGUGCUCUUAGUCCCAUGUCUUGGAAUAUGACAUGUACUGAUCCAGAUCACAAUGCUGAAAUGAUUUCCAAAUCAGAUACGUAUUUUGAAAUCCCAACAUGGGUUCUGUAUUCCCACCCAACAAGCUCCAGAUCCCGAGACAACUUGGGAAUAUACCUCAGCACAUUUCCUAGAGAUGUUGACAGCUGGUCUAAACCCUGGAUUAUUUAUGAAGGGCCCAGUGCUUACUCAGACUUGGCCUACAUUGAGUUGCCUUACUCAGAGUUCUCAGCAACUGGGAUCGCAGCAUUUGCCUGUCUGUAUGAGAACGGGAUGCAAUCCCCAUAUGAGCAAAUAUCCUUUAGCAUGUUUACAUUUCAUGAAGUUCUUCAGAACAUUCCUCUAACAACUUUUUCCCUAAGUCAGAAACGAACCUCAAAGGUUACAAAGAAAAAGGGGAAAAAAUGUGCUAUCUUUUAAACAGAGGGAUAACCUAGAUACUUUAAAUCUCAUUCAUCCUAUCAUAAACAUUGUGAAAUUUAUUUUGAUAUACAAUUGUGUACAUAUUAUUUGCAGAAUAGAGUUGGGUUGCAAAAUUCAGAUAAAUUAAUGCAAGAUGCAUGUAGCUACUUUGGCCUUGCUAGGAGAUUGAGAGCUUCCUUCAUUUAUAGAAAUAUUCCAAAAUAUGUUUAAGGAUGCUAGCUUGGGUCUGCCACCUGUUGGUUAAAACACCCUACUAAAUGGAAGAAGGGAUAAGAUUAUUUACAGUGCAGAUUCUGGUUUCCUUUCCUUUCCUCUCUAAAGUUGUGGGUUAUUUUUUUAAUUAUUAUUUUCUUGAAACCAAAACAAAGAGUCAUGUUUUCUUUCCAUAUACAAAGAAAUGCAUCCCACUACACUUCUGUGGCUUUAAGUUAGAGAAGGGUUAGAGAACAAUUAAUCAGUGGAACAGCUUAUUUCCAGAAAUUGUGGGUGCUCCAUCACUGGAGGUUUUUAAGAAGAGAUUAGACAACCAUUUGUCCAGAAUGAUAUAAGGUUUCUUGCUCAACCAGCGAGUUGGACUAGAAGUCCUUCCUUCCUACUCUGUUAUUCUGUUAUUAAGAAGAAUCACACCCGUCUAACCCUUCCAUAGAAGGGAAAAUAUAUCUUCCAAGGUAAUCUGUUAAAGAAGGCAUCUGCAAUGCUGGCCAGGACUGAGCAGGAUUGAAGGGUCAAACGCAUCACCAGUCAUGAAUCCUUUUGCGCCCACAAGAGAUCUAAGUCCAGCCCACCUUGAAUACCUUCUUAAUUCCCACUCAUUUCCUUUGACCACUAGUAGCUUAGAUUUUUUCAGAGAGCUUAAGCUUGCAAUAAAUCUUUAUACUCAUUUGAACAGCCUGAAUCUCCUGAUUUCCCCUGCGCUUAACAGGUUGGGUCUUAAGACAGCAGACACCAUGCAUGCUUAAGUCCAGCAUCUCCUUUGUAUUUUACCUACCAAUGUUAGGGCGCAUUCACUUCAAUGGAGCACGUAAAGCAUGGGUGUCCAAACUUUCGGCUUGCCUGGGGUGCACUGAGUGAGGAGGAACUAUCUUGGGCUGCAUAUAAAAUACAAUGUAUAUAAAUCACAUUAUAAUAUUAAAAAUUUACGAACUUGUACGGCUGUAUGACUAGCUGUCCAGAACCACAUGCAGUCCAUGGAUUGGACAUGCCUGAUGUAAAGGGUAUGAAGGGGUUUGUGAUCACAUUAUAAUAAUACAGAUUGAGAUAAUAUUGCAACAACAUUGCCUGCCAUGAAAUAUGUUGGGAAAUAUCAUGACACACAUAAAAUAUAAGUGUAGUUUUGAUUGUACUGCUAUAGCCACUAUCCUGAUAUUUUUGAUGGCAUACU